AACGAACGAAAGAGGACAAUCCAUACCCAGUCUUACCUGACCACGGACUACAACAUCCAUUUCCACCCUCACCGGCCAUCCCACAGCAGACUUCACAUCCCCCAAUACAGCGGAAAGUACCUUACUAGUAAUUCACCACCCAUCUCAAAACCUACCAGAGACAUCGAAACCAUGGCCACCCAACCCCAACCCCAACAACCAGCCUCCACCUACUCCAAUUACCAACACUUCCUCAUCACCACCCCGGCGCCCUUCGUGGCGCACGUCGAGAUCAACCGGCCGGCCAAGCUCAACGCCUUCCACGAGGCCAUGUGGCUGGAGCUGCGCUCCGUGUUCCGGCAGUUGUCGUCGGACCCGGACGUGCGCGCCGUCGUGCUCUCGGGCGCCGGCGACCGCGCCUUCACGGCCGGGCUGGACGUCAUGGCGGCCGCCGGCGGCGACGGCGAGAACGGAGACGGGGCGAGGAAGGCGGCGCGGCUGCGGAGGCAUAUAGCCGAGUUUCAGGAGUGUAUCUCGGCGGUGGAGCGGUGUGAGAAGCCCGUCAUCUGCGUCAUGCACGGCAUCUCGAUCGGCCUGGCGAUCGACAUCUCGUGCUGCGCCGACGUUCGCGUGUGCGCCAAAGACACGCGGUUCGCCGUCAAGGAGGUCGACAUUGGGCUGGCGGCCGACAUUGGCACGCUCGCGCGGCUGCCCAAGGCGGUGGGCAGCCAGUCGUGGGUCAAGGACGUGUGCCUCACGGCGCGCGACUUUGGCGCGGCCGAGGCGCUCGCCGUCGGCUUCGUCAGCCAGGUGCACGAGUCGAAGGGCGCCGCGCUGGCUGCCGCGGUCGAGACGGCCCGGUUCAUCGCAUCCAAGAGCCCCGUGGCAGUGCAGGGCACCAAGGAGCUGUUGAAUCACAGCCGGGAUCAUACGGUUGAGGACAAUCUGCGGUAUACGGGCGUGUGGAAUGCCGCCGCCCUCCAGACCGACGACCUCACAAAGGCUUUGACGUCGGGUCUCCAGAAGAGAAAGCCCACAUUCUCGAAGCUCUGAGUAUCAACCUUGGAUACCAAUCCCUUGUGCUAUAACACUGAGACCACUAUCACCCGCGAUGCGACCUAUUAAUAGAUCAUAAGCGUCAUUAGUCGUAUGAGGCCAGCGGCAUCCGCUGUCCAUUUCCUCGCCGCAUGCCAUGUGAGAAGCAAGCUUAGACCCCGACUCCCGGGGCGCCAAGGCGAUUCAGCCAAAACGUGCCCUCAAUGCUUUUCGCGAGUGGUGAUUCAAGGAAAACCCAAUCCAAUUCCCCGUUGGAUCUUCUAAUCACUAUCCUCCAGAGGUUCCUCCGGGCGGUAUGUCUCCUUGAGACGCUGGUGGCAGAAUCGGGUCAGGCGCGGAAUCUGGGAUGGAACGGUUCCUUUUCGCAACAAGACUCACCUCCUCGAGCUUCUGCUUAAGUAUGUGUAGCAUGGCUUCCUUUACGAAAAGGUGUGUCUCGUCG